AAGCAGCCCAGAGCAGUUGGGCCUCCCUUAGCAACAGACCUACGCGCCCGUUGCUAGGGGGGAACAGGAAAAACAAGAGACGUGGUCCGUGGACGAUUGCUCUCCGGCGGCGGCUACUUCCGGUCUUCCCCGGAGCUUGUCCUUCGGCCUAGUUUCCCCCGAAGCGGUGCGACUGUGGGCCGCGGGUUCCGCCGCCUCCGGAGCCUCGGGAGCCUCGGGAGCCUCGGGAGCCCUCCGGCGGGCGGCGGUGGAGGCGGCGGGGCAGCGGCUGGCCUCCGGCGUGGCCGCGAUGUGGAGCUCCCGGGCCGAGGCUGCGAUGACGGCGGCCGACCGGGCUAUCCAGCGUUUCCUGCGGACCGGGGCGGCCGUCAGAUAUAAAGUCAUGAAGAACUGGGGAGUUAUAGGUGGAAUUGCUGCUGCUCUUGCAGCAGGAAUAUACGUUAUUUGGGGUCCCAUUACAGAAAGAAAGAAACGUAGAAAAGGGCUCGUGCCUGGCCUGGUCAAUUUAGGGAACACCUGCUUCAUGAACUCCCUGCUCCAGGGCUUGUCUGCCUGUCCUGCUUUCAUCAAGUGGCUGGAGGAAUUCACCACGCAGUACACCAGGGACCAGAAGGAGCCCCCCCGACACCAGUACCUGUCGUUGACACUGCUGCACCUCCUGAAAGCUUUGUCCUGCCAAGAAGUUACUGAGGAAGAGGUCUUAGAUGCAAGCUGCUUGCUGGAUGUCUUAAGAAUGUACAGAUGGCAGAUCUCUUCCUUUGAGGAACAGGAUGCCCACGAGUUAUUCCACGUCAUCACCUCAUCCCUGGAGGACGAGCGGGACCGCCAGCCGAGGGUCACGCAUUUGUUCGAUGUGCAUUCUCUGGAGCAGCAGCCAGAAAUCACUCCCAAGCAAAUAACCUGCCGCACAAGAGGGUCUCCUCACCCCGCGUCCAGUCACUGGAAGGCACAGCACCCUUUUCAUGGGAGACUCACUAGCAACAUGGUCUGCAAACACUGUGAACACCAGUCCUGUUCGAUUGAUACCUUUGAUAGCCUUUCACUAAGUAUUCCAGCUGCCACUUGGGGUCACCCCCUGACCCUGGACCACUGCCUUCACCACUUCAUCUCAUCGGAAUCCGUGCGUGAUGUUGUGUGUGACAACUGUACAAAGAUUGAAGCAAAAGGAACAUUGAACGGGGAGAAGGUGGAGCACCAGAGGACCACUUUUGUUAAACAGUUAAAACUAGGGAAGCUUCCCCAGUGUCUCUGCAUCCACCUGCAGCGGCUGAGCUGGUCCAGCCAUGGCACACCGCUGAAGCGGCAUGAGCACGUGCAGUUUAACGAGUUCCUGAUGAUGGACAUCUACAAGUACCAUCUCCUGGGACAUAAACCCAGUCGGCCCAGCCCUAAGCUGAAGGAGGGCCCUGGCCCCGCGCUGGAACCGCAGGACGGGCCCGCAGCCCCCAGGCCAGUUCUGAAUCAGCCAGGGCCCCCCAAAACCCAGAUUUUUAUGAAUGGCGCCUGCUCCCCAUCUUUGUUGCCUACCCUGCCACCCCCGUUGUCCUUCCCUCUCCCGGUUGUUCCUGACUACAGCUCCUCCACAUACCUCUUCCGGCUGAUGGCCGUGGUCGUCCACCAUGGAGACAUGCACUCUGGACACUUUGACUACCGACGGUCUCCACCUUCAGCCAAGAACCCUCUCUCCACCAGCAGUCAGUGGCUGUGGAUCUCCGACGACACGGUGCGCAAGGCCAGCCUGCAGGAGGUGCUGUCCGCCAGCGCGUACCUGCUCUUCUACGAGCGCGUGCUCUGCAGGACGCAGCCCCAGGGCCAGGAGUACAAGUCUGAGGAAGUGACCGUCCACGACGUCCAGGACAGAAGCCAGGUGGUGCCGUGUGUGUGCGCAAGCAGCCCCUGGAGCCCUCCGCCCUCCGGUGUGUUGAGCGCAGGCUGCACGCAGGGGCUGACCCGCCCGGCCUGGUGGCCCUGGGAGGCGGAGGAGAGCGGCCAUGUGUCUUCUUGCUCAUCUGGUGCAGUUAUUAAAAGCAGCCAGAUUCCGGAAGCCACAUUUUCUUGUAUCGUAACAUGUUAGACGUCUAAGAGGGCAGUUACCUUUGCCUAAUCCUGACAUUUCAACAUAGCUUUUAUUUUUAAUAAGCAGGCCCAUAAAAGUGGUUGACAAGAAUUAGUGAAAUCGUUGAAGGCAACAAUUUAGAAGAAAAAGUGCCUUUCACUUUUGAUUGCUUUUGUAGCCCGUCCAUUCUGAGAAAGAGACAUGAUCCAAGAGUCACAGAAACAGUGUUUGAAAAGCUCUGUUCCUCCCAGGUUACUCCGAGGAUAUCAGGAGGACAGUGCAGAUGCCUCAAGAGCGCCUCUCCCGUUUGUAUGCCUUUUUCUAACCUUUCAAUUCUUUCUAUGUCGCAAAGGCACAUCUGCCAAGUCUCCCCCACCCGGGGAAUUCUUUCACUACUUUGUCAGGUACUGUAAGUGAAACGCUUACCUGUUGCUUCUAUCUUUUGUAUACUGGACGGAGAGAUGGGUUUAUAGCACAUUAUGAAAACCGUGUGGCUACCCAGACUUGACAGUAUCUCAGCAUCUGUGGAACACCCGCGUCUCAUCCGCUUUGUAGAAAACUCAGUACAUAAGGACAGUUACUUUCGUGUUAUUUAUUGCUCACGCAGGGCUCUUCAGUUUAGGGGUUGGAUCUUGGGGCUGUGAGAGAACCCUGCCUCCAUGCAGAGCUGGAGUAGGACGGGCGCUGUCCGUGGGGCUGCGUCUCCCUGGACCCGUUUCCUCAUUUGUAAAGCGAGGGGUUGAUGAGAUGGCCGCAGAAGGUCCGUCCUUCCCAGAGAAGAACGCAGUUUGAUUUCUUAAACACAUGCAAAUUCAGUGACAUCCAGCAUUGUCAUUUUGUUCUGGCCCAUGUUCUAAAUUUAUUUACUCCCAGUGGCCUGAUACAAAGAGAGGACGUUGUGCAUUUCUUCCCUUUUCAGAGAAGCCUCUUUAAUGCAACCCAGGGCUGAAGGAAUUUUAAUGACACACUAGUACCAAGUUUUAGCUAGGUUUGUGAUU